AUGAAUUUUUCUUCGUUACCUCCGGGAAGUGUGACUGCUUCUCCAGCUCCUCCGGUCAUCGUCGACGAUUUCCAAAUGUCAUGUCGAUUCUCAAAUUAUGGAGAUCAUCCACCAGAAGCAUUCGAUUCAUUGACAUGUGGAACAUGCUUUUUUUAUAUUUUUAUGCUAUUGGACCACUACAAAAACAGAUAUGUGACAGAUCUAUGUGAAGAUAACUCUGGAAUUCUGAUAUGUCCCAUUGAUAUGAACAUGGAUUUUUGCACUUGUGACAAUCGAUCACUCGUCUACAAUCUUCCAGAAUUCGCAUUGAACUCAUCCCGAAUAACUCCACUGAACCGUCUUGAUCUCGACCCUCCACUUCCAUUCCAAUUCGAAUUAAUUGUCAAGGACUGUUGCUCGGCUGCUCGUUAUUGUUGUAGAAAUACUCUUGUCAAGUACCAUCAUCGACACGAUGAUUCCCCGUGUCCUGCCACGUGGGAUGGAUGGAAUUGUUUCGAUUCUUCGGAUGAGGGACUAGUUGUGAAGCAGUGUCCAAAUUAUAUUUAUGGAGGGACUAAUGUCAAAACGGAUUAUGAUCGGCAUUCGAAAAAACUGUGCCAAAGUAGGGGAUGGGAUCUGCCAGAGAAGACGGGAGGGAUGAAAGAAUACACGGAUUAUGCUGGAUGCAUGCAGAAUGAUGAUGCGGAAGCCCGAUUACUCGCUGGAAUGCUCACUUACUCAGCCAGUGUCAUAUUCCUUGUUCCAGCAGUUUUUCUUCUAAAUUGGCUCAGGCCAAUUCGUUACCAGCCAAUGUUCAUUCUCCAUCGUCAUCUUCUCAUCUCUUGUCUCCUCUACGGUGUAUUCUAUCUCUCCACAGCAACACUUUUCGUCGUUAGCUUCGCUCCACUCUCUUCUCAAGUCUACCAGAAUCAUAUAUUCUGUCGCCUUCUCUUCUCAAUUCAAUUACGGUAUCUUCGAUUGACAAACUUCUCGUGGAUGCUUGCAGAAGCUGUUUAUCUAUUUAGAUUGUUGCAUACAGCACAACAUUCGGAAGGAGAAACAAUGAGAAGCUAUAAGAUCAUUUGUUGGGGUCUCCCCGGUGCAAUUACAUUCGUCUAUUUCGUAGUCCGUGGACUCAACGAUGACGUCGGAAUGUGUUGGAUCGAGAACUCAACAGUCGCCUGGGUCGAAUGGAUGAUAUUUGCACCAUCACUUCUAGCCAUGGGAGUAAACCUGCUUCUUCUCGGUCUCGUCGUCAUAAUUCUCGUCAAAAAACUGCGCUGCAAUCCGCAUUUGGAGAGAAUUCAAUACAGAAAAGCAGUCCGCGGAGCAUUCAUGUUGAUUCCAGUGUUCGGAGUGCAGCAGUUAUUGACAAUCUAUCGUUUUAGUAAUACGUAUUAUCAAGUCACAGAUCAAUCCCUGAAUGGGUUACAGGGUUUCUUCGUGUCAUUUAUCGUGUGUUAUACGAAUCGAUCAGUGAUUGAAUGUCUCCAAAAAUGGUGGAAUUCACAUCAAGAGAAGAGUGCUCUCGGAGCAGAAUGUCGACAGAGAAUGAGUAUUCAGGAGAGUGGAAAAUUGAUUCUGAAGUCACCGCCACUGACGGAACACGUCCAACUCUAA